CCCUGCAAAUGUUUGUCUCUUGCAGAUGGAUUUCUUGAAGCUCCUGGCCCUCCAUCAUCAUACUAUUGUAGCAGUCAUCCUCAACAUGCUGGCCCUCUGUCUCUCUACCACAUCCUUCCUUGGCAGUUACUGGUGUGUGGGCACACAGAAAGUGCCCAAGCCCUUGUGUGGGAAGAGUAUGGCUACCAAGUGCAUUGGGAUGCCCGUGCCCGUGGAUGGGGGGAGCAGCAAUGCAUCAAGUCAGGAAGUGGUGAACUACAGCUGGGAGACGGGAGACGACCGCUUCUCCUUUCGCUAUUUCCAUUCCGGAAUGUGGCUCUCGUGCGAAGAGAACAUGGAAAGCUCAGGGGAGAAGUGCCGCAGUUUCAUUGAACUCACACCACCAGUCGAAAGAGGAAUACUUUGGUUUUCCCUGGGGUCAGAGAUUGUCUACAUCAGUCUGCUAUUCAUCAGCCUCCUCCUAUUGCUACUGGAAUUGUUCUUUCCUGGCAACCCUGGCUGUGGACUAAAGCUUGAUGCCUUUGCUGCUAUGUCCUCAGUUUUAUCAGGCCUUUUGGGGAUGGUGGCACACAUGAUGUAUACACAAGUUUUCCAGGCAACUGUCAACUUGGGACCAGAAGACUGGAGGCCACAUACUUGGGAUUAUGGCUGGGCCUUCUACAUGGCCUGGGUUUCUUUCAUCUGUUGCAUGAUGUCAGCCGUCACAACUCUCAACACCUAUACUAAGCUGGUACUGGAAUUCAAGUGUAGCCACUACAAAUCCUUCAAAGAGAACCUGAGCCACUCUUCGUCCCUACACUACCAAUGCCUUCUGCUGCAGAAGCAGCAGCAGUGGCAGCAGCAGCAGCAGUCACGGUCUCCAACCAACUCCAGGGACCAACUGAGCAGCUUCUACCAGGACCAAAACCAGUCUGUCCACUCGGUCUCCGUAGGGGUUGACUUUUGCUCAGAGCUACAGGAGAAGAUGCUUUCACAAGAGCCUAGGAUGAAACUAAGCGAAGUGCUUGAAUCAUUAGUUGAGGAAGAACAAUGUUAGGACUACUAUGGGAGAGGCAGGGGAGAGAAUAAGGAGGGGGGAGCAUGUAAAAAGAAUAAGUCUUACCUCCUAUAGCCACCAGGAAUAUGUGUACAACUCCAAACUUCCCUUUUUUAGCAUGACUUUUGGGCACUAAGCGCAAGGUUAUCUUUCAGGUUAUCCAGAGCUUCCCAAAUCUCCUCAGAUGCCUCUUAGUCCCAUCUCACCAUUUCCUACUAUGAAGCCAGGGUCUCUUUUCUACUUAAUAUAGUCUGUUGGGGACUGGGAGAAUUAGAAGCUGUCAAUGGGAUUGUGCUUCGCAUCUGGAUUUUUAGCACUUCUCUUAUAGGCAAGUAUACCAGAGUCAUCCUGGCUAGCAUGAGAUGAAAACAGAAUACAUCAUUAAGUGAUUUGGCGUCACAUAUGACGUCUUCUUAGUUUUCUUUGGACUCUCUAUGGUGUAUUGUACCUUCCUUUUGUUAGGUGCUCAAUAAAACAAGAUUUUGAUUUGA